CGGGGUCCCCGCACCGGAGCGUAGACGCGGGCGGCGCGGCUCCAUCGCGGGGCCUCGGGGGGGGCGCAGACCUGCGGAGCCUGCGGCCGGCGGAAGAUAACAGAACUCAGAAGCUAUGAUGUAUAAGCUAAGAGUCUACACAUCUUUAAUCUUUGCCAGUUUCUGGAAACAAAACACAAUUUUGAUGCCUACGGACUGUCAUAUUUUUAUAAAGCAAAGAAAUGUAGCAGACUUGUGGAUGCAGUGUCUCUACUGUAGAAAAAAGAUGUAAAGUGAUAUAUGUAGAAAAGAAGCUGAGAAAAAAAACGUGAAGUCAUAGAAUGCAAUUUUUGUCAUCUGAAAUUUUGUCAAAUCAGUCUUAUUUUCUGAGCUACCAUUUUCCAUCCACAUUUCUGCUGCUUCUGGUGUGUUAUAUUUUUAAAACCACAUACACAUCUGAAGUUUGAAUGUUUUCCUGAUUGAAGUAAGUCUUCGGCUGUUCCUGGGUGAGAGGAUUUCUGAACACUGACCAAUGCCUUUCGCAGGCUGGAGAAGACAGAGGAAUCCAAAGCAGGCCUGUCCCCCUCUGUGUUGCAGGAGGGACGCACUUGGCUGCUUCCAGGACGCGCUCCUAGACUAAGCUUAGACAGAUGUCCUAGUCCUCAACCAUUGAAGGCACCUUUGAAAAUCAAGUUCUAACUCCUGCUUGUUCAGUAUUCCAGGCAUGUGGAUGGAGCUACGUGUUCUUGUCACUUACGUUUCUGCCUUUGAAACUUGUUUCCAAAAAAUCUGCAGGAGUAGGAAUUAGCUGGCAGCAAUUUCUUCCAUAUCUUAAAGUUUCGUCUUUUCUUGUUCUUAUUCUUGUUGUAGAGGUACACCCGAGUUCUUUUUAUAUAUAUUAAAAAAAUAAAAGGCUCAAUAUCUGAUUUGUUUGACAGGCAAGAAUUGACCUCACUGCCUAGUCUCACUCAACCAUGGUGUUUUGUUUUUUUUUUUUCCCCUGAAGGAAUUUGUUUAUAACCGUCAGUCUCUGGAUCUAAAUCUAAAAGAGGUCCCUUCAAACAGCAAGGAACACUUCUGGGCAGUUGAAGAGCCUCAACCGUUUUUUUAACUGAAUAUCUUGUUUCUUGGGUGGCUCUAGGAGGAGGAGGGAGAGUAAGUGAAGAGAAAGAACUGAAAUAGCUCCUUCCAGAAGAAAAGGGAAGCAAGCUUGGCUGCACACCCAGUCUUACAAAGCAGCAGCCCUGCCUGGGAGCAGGGUGGUGGCCAGGGCAAUGGUGGGAGCCCCGAAGACGCCCCAUGGCUGCUGAGGGGGCUGCCCGGUCAGGGAGCGGAGUGGCGGGCAUGGUGUGCAGUCUCUGGGUCCUGGUGCUGGGGUCCUCAGUUCUGGCGCUGGAAGAGGUACUGCUGGACACCACUGGAGAGACAUCUGAAAUUGGCUGGCUCACCUACCCGCCAGGUGGGUGGGAUGAAGUGAGCGUUCUGGACGACCAGCGACGCCUGACGCGGACCUUCGAGGCAUGCCACGUGGCAGGGGCCCCGCCAGGCACCGGGCAGGACAACUGGCUGCAGACACACUUUGUGGAGCGACGAGGAGCGCAGAGGGCACACAUCCGACUGCACUUCUCCGUGCGGGCGUGCGCCAGCCUGGGCGUGGCCGGGGGCACCUGCCGGGAGACCUUCACCCUUUACUACCGCCAGGCCGAGGAGCCCGAUGGCCCCGACAGCAUUUCCGCCUGGCACCUCAAACGCUGGACCAAGGUGGACACCAUUGCCGCGGACGAGAGCUUCCCCGCCUCCUCGGCGUGGGCGGUGGGCCCGCGCGGGGCCGGGCAGCAGCGCGCCGGGCUGCAGCUCAACGUCAAAGAGAGGAGCUUCGGCCCCCUCACCCAGCGCGGCUUCUACGUGGCCUUCCAGGACACGGGGGCCUGCCUGGCCCUCGUGGCGGUCAAGCUCUUCUCCUACACCUGCCCGUCCGUCCUCCGCGCCUUCGCCUCCUUCCCUGACACGCAGGCCAGUGGGGCCGGGGGCGCCUCCCUGGUGGCAGCCGUGGGCACCUGUGUGGCUCACGCAGAGCCGGAGGAGGAUGGAAGCGGAGGCCAGGCAGGGGGUAGCCCCCCCAGGCUGCACUGCAAUGGGGAGGGCAGGUGGAUGGUAGCGGUUGGGGGCUGCCGCUGUCAGCCAGGGCACCAGCCAGCCCGUGGAGACAAGGCCUGCCAAGGCUGCCCUGAGGGGUCCUACAAGGCCUUGGCUGGGAACGCGCCCUGCUCACCGUGCCCUGCCCGCAGCCAUGCCCCCGAUCCUGCAGCCCCUGUUUGCCCCUGCCGUGAGGGCUUCUACAGGGCCAGUUCAGACCCCCCAGAGGCCCCCUGCACCGGCCCUCCAUCGGCUCCCCGGGAGCUUUGGUUCGAGGUGCAAGGCUCAGUGCUCAUGCUGCACUGGCGCCUGCCUCAGGAGCUGGGGGGACGAGGGGACCUGCUCUUCAAUGUCGUGUGCAAGGAAUGUGGAGGCCACCAGGAGCCAGGCACGGGCACCGGGGGCGCUUGUCGCCGCUGCAGGGAUGAGGUGCACUUCGACCCCCGCCAGAGGGGCCUGACCGAGAGCCGAGUGUUAGUUGGGGGGCUCCGGGCACAUGUGCCCUACAUCUUGGAGGUGCAGGCUGUGAAUGGGGUGUCAGAGCUCAGCCCCGACCCUCCCCAGGCUGCCGCCAUCAACGUCAGCACCAGCCACGCAGUUCCCUCUGCAGUCCCUGCACUGCACCAGGUGAGCCGGGCCUCCAACAGCAUCACGGUGUCCUGGCCACAGCCGGACCAGGCCAACGGGAACAUCCUGGACUAUCAGCUCCGCUACUACGACCAGGCAGAAGAUGAAUCCCACUCCUUCACCCUGACCAGCGAGACCAACACGGCCACCGUGACACAGCUGAGCCCUGGCCACAUCUAUGGCUUCCAAGUGCGGGCGCGGACUGCCGCAGGCCACGGCCCCUAUGGCGGCAAGGUCUAUUUCCAGACGCUGCCUCAAGGUGAGCUGUCCACCCAGCUCCCAGAGAGACUCUCCUUGGUGAUCGGGUCCAUCCUGGGGGCCUUGGCCUUCCUCCUGCUGGCGGCCAUUACCGUGUUGGCUGUUGUCUUCAAGAGGAAGCGGCGUGGGACAGGCUACACAGAGCAGCUGCAGCAGUCCAGCAGUCCAGGGCUUGGGGUGAAGUAUUACAUCGACCCUUCCACAUAUGAGGACCCCUGCCAGGCCAUCCGAGAAUUUACCAGGGAGGUGGAUCCUGCAUAUAUCAAGAUCGAGGAGGUCAUUGGGGCAGGCUCCUUUGGAGAAGUACGCAGGGGCCGCCUGCAGCCCCGGGGACGGCGGGAGCAGGCCGUGGCCAUCCAGGCCCUGUGGGCUGGAGGUGCUGAGAGCCUACAGAUGACCUUUCUGGGCCAGGCUGCAGUACUGGGCCAGUUCCAGCACCCCAACAUCCUGCGGCUGGAGGGCGUGGUCACCAAGAGCCGGCCCCUCAUGGUGCUGACGGAGCUCAUGGAGCUGGGCCCCCUGGACAGCUUCCUCAGGCAGCAGCGGGAGGGCCAGUUCAGCAGCCUGCAGCUGGUGGCCAUGCAGCGGGGGGUAGCGGCUGCCAUGCGGUACCUGUCCAGCUUCGCCUUCGUGCACCGCGCGCUCUCCGCCCACAGCGUGCUGGUGAAUAGCCACCUGGUGUGCAAAGUGGCUCGUCUUGGCCACAGUCCUCAGGGCCCAAGUUGCAUGCUUCGCUGGGCAGCCCCAGAGGUCAUUGCCCACGGAAAACACACCACCUCCAGUGACGUGUGGAGCUUUGGGAUAGUGAUGUGGGAAGUGAUGAGUUAUGGAGAGCGGCCCUACUGGGACAUGAGUGACCAGGAGGUACUAAAUGCAAUAGAGCAGGAGUUCCGGCUUCCCCCACCUCCAGGCUGUCCUCCUGGACUACAUCUGCUUAUGCUAGACACUUGGCAGAAGGACCGUACCCAGCGGCCUCAUUUUGACCAGCUGGUGGCUGCGUUUGACAAGAUGAUCCGAAAGCCAGACACUCUGCAGGCUGAUGGGGGCCCCGGGGACAGACCCUUCCAGGCCCUUCUGAACCCUGUGGCUCUGGACUUUCCUUCUCUGGACUCACCCCAGGCCUGGCUUUCGGCCAUCGGACUGGAGUGCUACCAAGACAACUUCUCCAAGUUUGGUCUCUGCACCUUCAGUGAUGUGGUUCAGCUCAGCCUGGAAGACCUGCCCGCCCUGGGCAUCACACUGGCUGGCCACCAGAAGAAGCUGUCGCACCAUAUCCAGCUCCUGCAGCGGCACCUGAGGGAGCUGGGCUCACUGGAGGUCUGAGGCCUGGGUGGGCAGCUGUGAGUGGACGAUGCCUGUGUCCCAGCCCCGGACACAGGUCCAAGGAGUGACCGUGCAACACUAGAGCCCGUCUCUGUCUUGGCCUCAGCGAGAGGCACUCACCACACUACACCCAACCCUCUGGACACUUCACUCCCUAGUCCUCCGCCCUCCUCCGCCCUCCCCCCGCAUUAAAGGGAAAGAAGAAACUUUGCAAGUUG